AUGAACCUCUGCUGGAACGAGAUCAAGAAGAAAUCUCAAAAUAUCAGGGCUCGGCUGGAGGCACUCUCGGAUCACAGUGGCAAGCUGCAACUGUCCCUGCAGGAGAUCAUUGACUGGCUGACUGUGAAAGACGAAGAGCUGUCUGAGCAGCUUCCCUUCACAGGGGACAUUGGAGCAGUGCAGCGCUACAAUGAAUUCCACUCAGCUUUCAUGGAAGAUGUAAAAACUAAAGGACCAUUCAUAUUGGCAACUUUGGAGUCGGCUCAAGCAUUUCUAUCCCAGCAUCCUCUUGAGGAGACAGAGGAGCCAACACCAGAUAAAGAUAUGUCACCAAAGCAAAGAAUCCAGAACUUGAGUCGAUUCAUUUGGAAGCAGGCUAAUGUGUCAAGUGAAAUGUGGGAAAAACUGAGUGCUCGUUGCAUUGACCGGCACAGGCACAUCGAGAGAACAAUGGAGAGACUUUUGGAGCUCCAAAAUGCCAUGGAAGAGAUUAGUCUUGCCUUGGAUCAGGCUGAGGCUGUUAGAGAUUCCUGGGAACCCGUGGGAGAUCUCUUCAUUGAUUCAUUGCAGGAGCAUAUUGAUGCAACUAAGGUAUUCAAAGAUGAACUGGGAGCUGUAAAAGAUGGCAUGAAAAUAGCCAAUGAUCUGGCUCACCAACUUGCAAUCUCGGACGUACAUCUUUCCACAGAAAAUGCCCACCGUCUGGAGGAACUGACAUCAAGAUGGAAGAUCUUGCAGACCUCCAUAGAAGAACGCCUUAAGCAGCUUCAGGAUGCUCACCGUGACUUUGGUCCAGGGUCCCAACAUUUUUUAUCCACUUCUGUCCAGGUUCCAUGGGAGAGGGCCAUCUCACCAAACAAAGUACCAUACUACAUCAAUCACCAGGGACAGACCACAUGCUGGGAUCACCCAAAGAUGACCGAAUUGUACCAGUCACUGGCUGCUCUGAAUAACAUCAAAUUCUCAGCUUAUAGAACUGCCAUGAAGCUGAGACGUGUGCAGAAGGCACUUCGCUUGGAUCUGUUAAGCAUAAGCAGCGCCUCGAAUAUCUUCAGUCAAUACAAACUACAGCAGAGCGACCAGACAAUCGAUGUUCUGGAAAUCAUCCAGUGCCUCACCGCAAUGUACGAUCACCUCGAGCAGGAGCGUGGGAUCAUUGUUAACGUGCCUCUAUCUGUGGACAUGUGUCUUAACUGGCUUCUCAAUGUUUACGACAAUGGUCGCAAUGGCAAGAUUCGAGCAUUAUCCUUCAAAACCGGAAUUAUAACUUUGUGCAAUGCAGAGGUGGAAGAGAAAUAUCAGUACUUGUACAAGCAAGUGAGCAGCUCAACCAACCUGUGUGAUCAGCGGCACCUCAGCCUUCUCCUACAUGAAGCCAUUCAGAUCCCCCGCCAGCUGGGCGAGGUGGCAGCAUUUGGAGGAAGCAAUGUGGAACCCAGUGUCAGGAGCUGCUUCCGGUUUGUUAAUGAGGAGCCAGUAAUUGAGGUCACACAUUUCCUGGAGUGGAUGCGAUUGGAACCCCAGUCAAUGGUCUGGCUGCCAGUCCUGCAUCGUUUAGUAACUGCGGAAGCUGCAAAGCACCAAGCCAAAUGUCACAUCUGCAAACAAUGCCCUAUCAAAGGCUUCAGGUACCGCAGCCUGAAGCAGUUUAAUGUUGACAUCUGCCAAACAUGUUUCUUGACAGGAAGGGCAAGCAAGGGUCACAAACUGCACUAUCCCAUCAUGGAGUACUGCGCUCCUACAACAUCAGGAGAGAAUGUGCGAGACUUUGCAAAAACAUUGAAAAACAAGUUCCGAACCAAACAGUACUUCAGCAAACAUCCACAGAGAGGUUACCUACCUGUCCAAUCACUGAUGGAGGGGGACAACAUUGACACACCUGCCACAUCUCCAAUGUUGCCACAUGCAGAUACACAUUCCAGGAUUGAACACUAUGCCAGCAGGCUUGCAGAAAUGGAAAGUAAAAACUGCUCGUUCUUCAGUGGCAGCCUCUCACCUGAUGAAAGUGUCGAUGAUGAGCAGUUGGUGGUUCAGUAUUUCAGCCCUGAGACAGAUCAAGACUCUCCUCAAAAUCCAUCUCACAGUCCAAACCAGCUCUUGGGUACUCUGGACACUGAAGAGAAGACAGAACUUGAGGCCAUUAUCGGACAUCUUGAAAAUGAGAAUAGGAUCUUGCAGGAAGAAUAUAGGCGACUGAAAUGGCAGCACGAAGAAGCAGCAUUAUCCUCCUCUGUACAGGAGAGAUCACCCAGCUCCCCUCUCAGCCCUCGGGACACAGAGCUUCUUGCUGAGGCACGGUUGCUCCGACAGCACAAAUCCCGGCUGGAGACCAGGAUGCAGAUCUUGGAAGAUCACAACAAGCAACUGGAAUCUCAACUCCGGAGACUCCGGGAGUUGUUACUGCAGGUGAGAGAAUCAAGACAGAAUUAA